AAGCUAUCUGCCACGGGAUAAUAAAAAGGAAGACGGGUCUGCGAAUGCAAAGAAGGAAAAAGGAGGUAGGGUGAAAGAGAGUGGCAAAGGGAGGCUAAGGGUUGGUAAGAGGGUGUGGAGAAAGAGGCAAGAGAAAAAAGGAGAAGCAGAGAAGACGACGAAGUCGAGGAGGAGGCAGAGAACGAUGAGAACGAUGACGAGGACUAGGACGAGGACGAGGCGGAGAGAGAAAGGCGAGUGCGAACGCGAACGGUCUACUGGUAGAAAGGGACGUCCCACGCGGACAGGCAGUAGUGGUAACGCACAUAUUGGCCAGACGUUUGUGUGAGUCGUUGGAAAAGCUAGAUGGCGAGGUAGAAAGAAAAUCGCUCGCAGGCUAUUUUCCGGAGGAAUUUUUAUUGGUAGAUCCGCCAUGUUGAGGGUGAAGUAGGGGUAGACGGAGCAGCGGAGAACAUGCCAGGAUUGGUGGUUGUCCGGGUAACGCAUCGUUCGAGCAUCCAAUAGGGUAAAGCGAGGAGAACCUCGUGCUUUCGUUGCCCGACCGAGCACGGGGGUGAAAGGGAGCGCUGGUUACAGGCAACAACCCCCUACCAUGGAAGCAGCCCCUCUAAACGUUCUCUGUCCCCCCGCAGAGUCACCGGGAUAACUGCAUUUCGUGGACAGAAUCCCACAAGAACUCACGGCGAGCGGUCGCCCCUCUAACACGGCCGACUCUCCUAUCGUUUCGGCUUUUUCCUCCACGUAACGCGUUACGUACCACGGUACGAAGGAAGGGCGCGAGUCAUCCUGGACGCUUCCACCUCGUCCUCGUCCUCGUGCUCGUAUCCGUACUCGUUUUCGUCUUCAUCUUCGUCCUUACCUUCGUCUUUGCCCGCGUCCACUCUUCGUCCGUGUCCUCGCGACGCUCCACGAAUCUCGUUCCCCGCGCGGUUUCGAUCGGGCGCGCGCCAUUUCUCCGCAAUUAUUUCGAUAUUUCAAUUUUCAAGGGCAUACCCUGCUGCCUUCGUGAUACUUACCCCUCCCCCUUCUUCUACCCUCCAAUUCUAACCCACCUAAUUGCAUCGACGAGAUAAUAAGAUUUGAAUUUCGAAUCGAGGCCACGGUAGCGGUAACGUCCGCUUCUCAUUAACCAGCCGCGCUCUCCUCUCUCUCUCUCUCUCUCACUCUCUCUUUCGCCUUCUUCCUUCUUCUUCCUCUUCUUUUUCCUAGCUCGACAUCCAACAUCCACGUGCGUCUCUCGGGCAAACGAAACGUUUCUUUUCUCCUUUCUCCUCGCUUUCUUUCCCUUUUGUCUCUCGUUCGUCGGGUCGACCGCAACGUCGCUGGAUUCUCCGAGAACAUCGUUGGGAUUCGACGCUACGACGCUUCCCCGUGAACAUUGGCGCACCCGGACGCAAACUUGGAUCAAUCGGAUCGUCAAAAGCAGCCUACCAGGAUUUAAGAUCGAUAAGAGUACGCUGUCGCUCGCGAUCACGAAAGGACGAUAUCGCCAUCUCUACAGCUAUCGCAAGUUACUAACUGGCAGCAAGACUACGAAGGAUAGUGAUCUUGUAUUUGCAAGACCAACGCUCCGACGAAUACGUAAAUAUCAGGAUAGAGUUUCAAACGUGAAAUUAGUGUACUUCUGGAUGAUUUCGCAAACCGAGCAAGGAUCCCAAUUACUCUUACACGUUACAACCUUGGGGAUAAAAAACUGUGAAAAUCGUUGGGGAAACGAUUGCUGGAAUUGGAAGGAUUCACGGUCGAAACGAGAUUAGUUUCUGAAAAGUGUCGCCGAUAUUGUGUUAAAGAAGUGAAACUCUCGAAUAUGUGUGAACGGAAAUAACUGUUUCUAAAAUUACCAAAAUUACCAAGAUCACCAAGUUACCUUUAUACGUCCACCAGAGACUACGCGUACUUUAAAGUCUCAGAGAACCUACCUCUGAAUUCUUGCUCGCAAGUAAACAUCGCGAUCGUUGCUUCGAGUCACCAACGAUUCGACGCGUUGUCACGUAAAUAUGUGAUUUCGCGAAUCGAAUCGAACGCUCGAAACGUCAUCAACACAUGUUAGUACACGUUUGAAAAUUCCAAUUCGAACAUCGAUAUACAAAACCGUAUCGCUUAAAGACGUAACGACAGACGUCUGAACGAAAGGUCGUUCCUAAAAGCAACGACGAACGAUCGCUCCGGAAAGGAUCGAAUAAAGAAUCGAAAGAUCUCUCAGCGCGUUCAAGCGAGAAGCUUCGAAGAAAGUAAGCAACUCUAAAGCUGCAAAGACAAAGCUUCCUCGUCGGAUGUACUCUCGUCUGUAUCCAAGAACGUAAAAUUCAUACGCAGCAGGUCUGUUGAGAGAAUUUCCUAAUUCCCUUAGCGUAGGAUUCGUCGCUGCAAAGAAUCGAAGGAUCUGGUAUCGGAAAUUAUGACCAAUCUGCGUUAAGAGACUUAGAGAGCGAGACUCGUCCGUCGAAGGAAUCGACGAGUAAGAUAAGCGCAGGACGAGCCUGUGAUAGGACAUUUAGAUAACAGGAUCGACCCUUGGAAGGGAUCGAGGAAUUGGGAAAAUCUAGGAUUUCGUGGAAACAGAGAAGAGAAGAGUGCGAAAGAUCGGAAAAAAUCGAUCGUGGUUCCGCCUCUAGAAGGGGAACGACAGAGGAUGUCUUGGUAGGUUGUGAAAGAACAACAGGAGCACUUGGUACGAGAGACCUCAACAAGGUCAACCCGGCAUCACCCUGGCUAACGACCUGUCUGGAGGUACCGGGGGUCCCGGUGCAGGCGGCGUCGGUUCCGUCGGGGGCACCUCCGUCGGCGGUGGCGGCGGUGGCGGUUCAUCGCUCCCGACGACCGCCCUCAGCCUCGAUCAUCAGCAGUUCAACAUCUUCCCUGCGAUCUUUAGCAGGCAGUUGAACUUUUCCGCGGCGGCAGCUGCGAACUGCGGUCAAAACAAGCUGAUGGACGAACUGAGGCCGAAUCUUGGUUUGCUCGGCGUCGGACUCGUCGAGAACGAGAGCUUCCACUUGAAUCACAAUCAAGAGAAGAGGAAGUGUAGCAGCACGAGCUCGAACGAGCAAGAUUUCAGCCUUUACGGGGUUCACCAGGGUCUCGAAGCAAGCCCGCCGACACCAGCCGCGACGCCUGGAAGGAGCAGCGUCGGGGCUACUUCUUCCGUUGGCGCGGAAGGAGCUUUUAAAAAGUUAAAACCCGACCCUUGUGCUUCGAGUCCUCACAUCGGCCAUACACCUACCACCGCCAGUUGUCCAACACCCGCUCGACGACGGCACAGGACCACUUUUACGCAGGAGCAGCUGGCAGAAUUGGAAUCGGCAUUCGCAAAAUCUCAUUAUCCAGACAUAUACUGCAGAGAGGAAUUGGCGAGGUCCACGAAAUUGAACGAGGCUAGAAUUCAGGUCUGGUUUCAAAAUAGAAGAGCGAAGUAUCGGAAGCAAGAGAAGCAACUUCAGAAGGCCCUGACUCCGAUUCCUGCUUGCCAAGGUGCCAUGAUGAGGAAUAUUUAUCCAGGUGCCAGCAGGGGUUAUCAACCGUAUCCUCAUCCUCACAAUAGCAUAAAUGGAAUAAACCGCUACCCUCAGAUGAGUACGACGUCCUAUCCAAGUAUGACACAACCAUUUUCUAUGUCACAUUCAGCGUCGAAUAUGUCUGCAGUUACUGGUAUGAGACAAGAUGCGAUGGGCAUGUCAGCCGAGGACGAGUGGUACAACAAGAGUAUUUCCGCUCUAAGAAUGAAUACGGCUCAUCAUCCCAACCUCGCUGCGCCAAUGUUGCAAUAUCAAACAUAAUUGUAAACAUUAUAUGAGUGAAUCAGAUGAAAUCGUUACGAUAUAUAUAUAUUUGACUGCAUAUCUUCAUUCAGGCAACUUAGCACCGCUAAAACGUGUUGUCAAGAGGAGACGAGAUUAUUUCUCGACACUAUGAAGUACGUUUAAGAGAACAGUGAAACGAAAUCAAAUUAACGCGAAUCUCGUGACAUUUUGCACAAAGAGAGACGAAAAGUCGAAUUUACGAUAGACACGAAACAAUAUCGUGUUAAACGAUUUAACAUCUUACCAUGAUUAUUCGUUCGUUAAUGUUAUGAUAGAAAAUCAGCUCUGACUAUUGCGUUUCAGUUAAUGAGAUACGAUCUCUAACGUUUCGUCGUAACGUUAAUGAUAUUUCGAGAAAAGUAACUUUGUUAAUAUCGUUUGAUAUUAUUGGUAAAAAGAAGUAACAAAUAUUAUUCAUGUGCGGCGUUAUGCAUACAUACGGAUGAUAUGUAUAAUUUCAUUAAACACACAUAUUCGCACAUAACAUUAUAAUUAUUAGUGAAAAUGAUUAUGUAUGUACACAAUUUUCUAUUAUUCUGUACAAAGCGUGAUAUACAUAUUUCGAUCGAACUUUCAAUUCUUAAAUUAAGCGAUACAUGUCUGUAGGAUCGGAAGGAUUUCAUUUUUCGUAACGAUAGUAGAAAUGCAUAUUGCCGCGUAAAGCAGUUUCGCGUUUGAAUUUAUCCGGAUUAUUUCUAAAAUAGCGAUAAAACGUGUUCUUUUGUUGUUCGUUCGUAUUAUUUUUACGAUAUAUAUAGUUUCUUUCCAACGCUGAUAAAGUCAAAGUCAGCGACUAAAUGAAACGAACUUGUAUUUCAUAUUUUCUUCCUUCCCUAUCUUUUUAUUCUCUUUUUUCUUUUUUGACACAGCACGCGCUACGCAUAACUAACAAUUAGAAUAAUCAAUAUGCACGCAGAGUGGAACUCGAUACGCGCACAGUCCACGUAAUCUUUUUGUUAGUUUCUUAACAACGAUCCAAAACAGUUUCGUUAACAGAGGAGAUUGUAAAUAAGGAAGAGAUACGUAUACAGUGU